AAACAAUUUUGUGUUUAUCUAUUCAAAAUUCCCGGUCACUUCAAAACAUGUUUCGAACUUUCUUUAACAAAAUUUUUUAGUAUUUCGGGUAUCAAGAAGUAUAUAAGGAAAUAAGAUAUUUGCUAACGUGCCAUUGACAAGGUGUAAAAGAAUAUAUAGAGUCCGAAGAUAACAUUCGGAAUGCAACCAUCACGUUUUCCUAUAUACAAUAAAUCGUAAUUCACGCUUAACAAUAAUUUCUCUUUGGAACAUAAACUUCUAAUUGGGAUCCAAAAACACGAGUUUUGUAACAAGAAUUGUUGGCCUGACGUAUACUAGAUAUUUAAUACAUAAUCAUUUAAUAAACAAGUGAAAAUGAUUGAAAGUUCGAUAUCUGACAAUGCCACUAAACCUGAAAGUAUAACAUUAAAAUAUAAAGGUGAUGGAACGUCUGUGUCUCCUAAGGAUAGACAAUAUGGAGGAGAUACAAUAUUUCAAAAUAAUGAUUGCCCCUUAACAAGUGAACAAUUCUUAAGAGCAAGCCAGAAAUUUGUUCUUCUUGAAAAUGCAAAUAGUACAAACGAUAGGAAUGCCUCAGCAGGAAAAGAUGUUAAUAAAAACAAAAACAGUUCCAAACCAGUUGAAGCAAAUAGAAAUCUUUCGAAGGAGUUUGCAGAGACAAGUUACUCAACCAUUAACACUGAACAUGAAAUCAACUCUCCAUUUCAGCCUCUACUCUAUGAGGGAUCAGCCUCCACAGUCUCACCUGUAGAAUUGAAUACAAUAGGUACAACUGACCUUCAAAAAGAAUUUGAUUUUAAAACGAUACGAAAUAAAUUUGAAAAUUGGGCGGAGCCCAAAAACGAUAACGUAAAGAGGUUAAUAGCUAAACUCGAAAGAAAAACCAAGACUAGUAAACGCGAUGGAAGAGAUAAAGUGAAAAGGAAGAAGGAAUAUGGCAAGAUGAUUUAUGAGGAAAAUAACACAGAAAAUGAUGAAGGCAAUAACCAUCGAACUAACCCGAAAUAGGAUCAAACUUGUGCCAAAAAACCAAUGAAAAAAGUUGCUCAGCUACUACUACUUAAUUUUGGACUCACUGAACAAAUCAUAUCCAAAUAAUGUCAUCAACUAACAUUAGGUUAAAUUCUCAUACCCGGAUAAUAAUGACUAAUUAAAAUUUACUAAGUAAAUGUAUGAAUACCAUAGUAUACAAAAGUCAUCUUGAAAACCAUAACACCCAAAACCCACAUCCCACAUCCCAAACCCUAACCUUAAACACCAUUCAACUUUUAUCUUAAUAAAUAAACACAUACAUGAAUUACGAACCAACAA